AUGGAUUCAAGAAAGGAAGUGCGAAGCGAAAGUCUUUACAAAACCUAUUGGCUCUAUUGGCGACUCCUGGGAGUUGAGGGCGAUUAUCCUUUCCGACGGCUAGUGGAUUUUACAAUCACGUUUUUCAUUACGAUUUUAUUUCCCGUGCAUCUUAUACUUGGAAUGUAUAAAAAGCCCACGAUCCAAAUCUUCAGGAGUCUGCACUUCACAUCAGAAUGCCUUUUCUGCAGUUAUAAAUUUUUCUGUUUUCGUUGGAAACUGCAUGAAAUUAAGGCCAUUGAAAGAUUGUUCCAAGAUCUCGAUAAUCGAGCCGAAAGUGAAGAGGAACGCAGCUACUUUGACCAAAAUCCAAGUCGAGUGGCCCGAAUGAUUUCGAAAAGCUACUUGGUGGCUGCUAUAUCGGCUAUAAUCACCGCAACCGUCGCUGGUUUGUUUAGCAGUGGUCGAAACUUGAUGUACCUGGGUUGGUUUCCCUACGACUUUCAAGCCACCGCAUUGAUCUAUUGGCUCAGCUUCGCCUAUCAGGCGGUUGGCUCUAGUCUGUUGAUUCUGGAAAAUCUGGCCAAUGACUCAUAUCCGCCGAUUACAUUUUGUGUGGUCACUGGACAUGUGAGACUUUUGGCAAUGCGACUAAGACGAAUAGGUCACGACCUCAAGAAAUCAGGAGCGGAACAUACCAAGGAACUCAUCAAGGGUAUUCAGGAUCACAGGAAACUAAUGCAGAUUGUACGCUUACUUCGCAGCAUUUUACGACUCACCCAACUUGGCCAGUUCCUUUCCAGCGGCAUCAACAUUUCCAUAACACUCAUCAACAUCCUGUUCUUUGCGGAAAACAACUUUGCAAUGAUAUACUAUGCCGUGUUCUUUGCUGCGAUGUUUAUCGAACUAUUUCCAAGCUGUUACUACGGAACUCUGAUGACCAUGGAGUUUGACAAGCUACCAUACGCCAUCUUCUCCAGCAACUGGCUCAAAAUGGAUAGAAGAUACAAUCGAUCCUUGAUAAUACUGAUGCAACUGACGCUGGUUCCCGUUAAUAUCAAGGCAGGAGGUAUUGUUGGCAUCGAUAUGGGUGCAUUUUUUGCCACAGUUCGGAUGGCAUACUCCUUUUACACCUUAGCCAUGUCAUUUCGAUUAUAG